AUGAACAACUACUUUAGCAGAACCAAAACGGGUUCUAUCGACCCUGUUACUCUAAGUAGAGAAUUCAAUGACAUAGAUAAUAGAAUCACAUCAAAGAUAUCUGCAGGUAAUGAUAUUCAGCAGGUCAAGGAUACUAUAAUAGGUGUAUCUCGUGAGUUAUCGGAUAUUUCUGGUUUGCUCUCAUCGUAUGACAGAGAAAGAUAUUCAAAUAGAAUAGAUGAACUAUUGAAAGCAACAAAUGCAAACAGAAUCGGCAAUUCCACCACAUCCGUAGCAGGUAGGCGGUUCAAAUUCAAGAGCAAACCUGCCAGUGUCCAGAAAUUACCAGCUCUACAGAAUGAAUUAUUCAAAAACAAAAUUACGAUAGAUGAAGAAGUUCCCUGUAGUCCUACAAAAUUAACAGAAAAUGAGGACAUAGUUCUAGAUUUGAAGCAGUCACAUUAUAGUCAUUUGAAGAAUUGCAGAGUUACAGUCCGCGAAAGCGUAGCGUUUCCAAGUUCAUUUGCGUUAAGUAUUUCCCACGCCGACACAUCAGAUAUUUCUUUAAAGCCAAUACCUUUCAAUCAAGGUAGUAUCUUUAUAGAACACUGUGAAAAUUGCACAAUAUUCAUCAUAUGCCCUUCUAAAAGUAAUAUUCAGAUCAGGCUACACCAUUUAAAAUCCUGCAAGCUCUGUAUCUAUAAGGAAGGGCAAGGUACAAGUCAAACAGUCGUUAUUGAAGAGUGCGCAUCAUGCAUAUUUGAUGAAAGUUGUAACGAAAAAGUUACUAUUCAAAAUUUCAGCAAUCUAGGGUUUACAUCAACUGGUAAGCAAAGCUAUGCUUUUAGCAAAUGGUUAGCUGAAUAG